AUGAGACCCUCGCCACCAUGGGACCCUCGCCACCAUGGGACCCUCGCCACCAUGGGACCCUCGCCACCAUGGGACCCUCGCCACCAUGGGACCCGCGCCACCAUGGGACCCUCGCCACCAUGGGACCCUCGCCACCAUGGGACCCUCGCCACCAUGGGACCCUCGCCACCAUGGGACCCUCGCCACCAUGGGACCCUCGCCACCAUGGAACCCUCGCCACCACGGGACCCUCGCCACCACGGGACCCUCGCCACCACGGGACCCUCGCCACCACGGGACCCUCGCCACCACGGGACCCUCGCCACCACGGGACCCUCGCCACCACGGGACCCUCGCCACCACGGGACCCUCGCCACCACGGGACCCUCGCCACCACGGGACCCUCGCCACCACGGGACCCUCGCCACCAUGGGACCCUCGCCACCAUGGGACCCUCGCUACCAUAGGCUCCUCGUUACCAUGGGCUCCUCGUUACCAUGGGCUCCUCGCCACCAGUACCCUCCCACCACUAGUGUGCCCCUGGCAGGGGCUCCUCACCACCAGAGCCCUACUGCCAUGGGAUCCUCGCCAUCAGGGGCCCCCUCCCGCCAGGGGCUCCUCGCCACCAGGAACCUCACGAAGGGCUCCUCCCCACCACGGGCUCUUCCCUUCAGGGAACCUCACCACUAG